GGCAAGUUUUAUUUCUCACAGAAAAAAAAAUCUUAUGAGAAAUUAAUUCGUAAUUCUAUUUCCGAUAAGCCCUCAUCGGUGGCACGAUGGGAUUGACAAGUGGGAUUUCCGCCAUUGACGGGGCUCGAGUCGGGGAAGCUACUCUGGAUCUUAUUUGCAGUUUGAUCUCUCUUCUUUGGGCCUACCUGACCAGGGAUGAUGAUGACGAAGAUAAUGACGACACCAACAACAAUGGUGCGAAUGCAGCAAUUGAACAAGCUCCAAACCCACAAGAACAGGCAGAUGAAAAUGCACCUGAUAAUAAGCAGCCUGAAAUUGAACCACCGCCACAACCGGACGAGGAAGAUAAGCAACCAGAGGAGGAAGAAAAUGCAUCCGAUAAUGUGACCGAGCAGCCUGAGAUUGAACAACCACCGCCACCACAACAACCGGAGAAGGAAGAAAAGCAACCUGUGGAGGAGGAAACUACAUCAAAUGACGAUUCGGACGAUGAUGAGCCCAUAUUUUGUCCUGGUUUGACACAUCCUGACCAUGUCUUUCCACGCACAUGCUCAUCCCCACCCCCUCUGCGACGGAGGAAACAACAGGAAGGUGACGGAUUCAUAAGAAAAUUUCGUUCCCUAUUUCGAUCACCAGGCAAGUUUGAGAUCGAUCCAGAGGACCCAUUCAGACCAACGAGUGCGAUGGAGGACACCAUGAGCACCCUGAAGCAUUUCGCCAUGGCCCCCAUUUUUACGGUAGGAUCGGAAAGGGAACAGGGAGGGUCAGGCGUCGGAGAAAGCAGCCCACCAACUGAUGAUGGAGAAAGCAACGUGGUAGCUGACGAUGGGACGCCCGUCCCACAAAUGAUGUAUCCAUCCACUAAUGAACCUGAUUCAAUGGAUACACAAGAGCCUGGCUGCUCAUCUUCUUCUGUUCCGACGGAUGGACCAGACCAGGAGGAUGGACAAGAAUCUGCAGGUUUGAUCACAGGAGAAAUUCGGUCAUCGGCGGAGACUGAAGAAAGCAACUUGGACAAGGAAAAUAAUUCCAUCCCAACAACGGCAUCCAAUUCUGUCGCAGAGAUUGACCCCCAAACAAUCAGUCAAGGUGCAAUUUCCUCUCGAAGAUUUGGUGACGUCGUCCCACUUGACUCCUCCCACUCUCGACCCCACACAGCUGGGGGGCAAAACCGCCCUCCACUCGGUGACGCUGGGGUCGUUCCCAGCACAAGUCGUCAAAUUCAUUCUGCUCCUGGAAAUGCACCACGGAUCUUAAUACCAUCAUCUACUGUUUCCUCGACACCUGAAGUUAGUAGCGUCAUCCCCCCAGUUGAUGUGGACGUUCAACCAUCGUCAAGUCAUGUUUUGGACCAGUUAGGCUUGCUUUAAGCAACUCGAUAAGCCAAUUUGAAAUAAUGUUUGAGCCAACUAAUGCAAAAAUAUUCUAGUCAAUUUUAGAGAAAAUUAAUGCAAAAACAUUGUAGUCAAUUUUAGAACCAACUAAUGCAAAAAUAUUCUAGUCAAUUCAGUAGAUCACUAAAAUAUCAGCUCAAUUAAUAUGCCUUCACUAACUAGUCAUAAAUACGCUUAGACAAUCCCUCUGAAAUUAUUUUUAAUACAUUAUAAUGACAACUGUGACAUUUUUCGAGAUUAUGAGAUGAUUUAUGUUUUUGAAAAUAACCUGUUAGAACAUGUACAAUAAUUAUAAAGUCUUGCUCUUACCUAAUUAUCUGACUUAUGAUUUUACCAAUGUGCUAAUAAUAAAUACUCACUCACACAUAAACUAGAAAUAUUUAUAAUACUUAAUACUUAAUUGAUGAUACUUAAUGAUUAUACUUAAUUCUACAAUAUUUAUGUUAAUUUAAACACAAAUUUACAAUAGGCUGCUAUUGUAUUUACAAUAGCGGCUAUUGAAUAGCCAUUCAGUCAAUGCAAUCAAUUCGUAUUAUAACUUCCAGCUUAAAUCAAAAUGCGGAAGCAUAACGCCACAGCUUAAAAUUCAAAAUGCAUCUCACCCUUCCAAUUAUUCGACAC